UUUACUUUAUUUGUCUCUUUUCUUAUUUAUUUACUUUUUCUUCUCUUUUUUUUUUUUUCUUCUUUUGUAGAAAGAUCAAAAUAAUCAAUAUCAACGAUGAUUACCAAGAUGGGAAAAAUAUCUGCUUUAUUACUGCUAAUGAUGAUGGCCACUCUUACUUAUGCUCAAGAUGCCGCACCUGAAGAUGCUUGUGCUUCUGAACCAUUGGAAGAAUACAAUCUUGGCAUGCGUAUUGGUGCUAUGUUUAUUAUCCUUGGAACAAGUAGUAUUGGUGUUUUCUUUCCAAUGAUCAUGGAAAAAAUCUCACCUUAUUCUGAAGGAAGUCUUCGAGAUUGGAUUCUUACUGUUGGAAAGUUUUUCGGUACUGGUGUUAUUCUUGCUACUGCUUUUGUGCAUAUGUUACCUGAUGGUUUCAAUCAAUUCGCUUCUCCAUGUUUGACGGAAGGAUGGUUGUCCUAUGGUGCUUUUGCUGGUGUAUUUUGUAUGCUUGCUUCUUUUGCUUUACAACUCUUGGAAAUCGGUACGGUGACUCAUCUUAAGAACUUGGAAAAACAAAGCAAAAAGAACAAUGAUACUGCUCCUCAAGCUGGCAAGCAUGAUGUGGAAUCAGGCUCAACUACUCAACAAUCUAUUAUCAGCAAAAAUAGUCAUGAUCAUCAACAUCUACAUGAACAUGUACACACCUCUGGUUUAUUAGAACAUGAAGAUGCACAUCGUCAUGUGGCUACCUAUAUGCUUGAAUUGGGUAUCGUGAUGCACUCUGUACUUAUUGGACUUACCUUGGCAACCACUUCUCAAGCCGAAUUCACCACCUUAUUGAUUGCUCUUGUAUUUCAUCAGUUCUUUGAAGGGAUCGCUUUGGGAACUCGAUUGGUUAAAUUGAAUAAUGUGGGUUGGAUCAAGUUGAUACUCAUGGGUCUUCUUUUCACUUUAACCACACCUAUUGGAUCAGCCAUUGGUAUUGGUAUUCGAUCAUCCUUUAAUGCCAAUUCUUAUAGUGCCGUCUUAGCAUCGGCUAUUUUGGACUCUUUAUCAGCUGGGAUCUUGUUGUAUAAUGGUUAUGUCUCUUUGAUGAGUGCAGAAAUGAACUUAUCUGAUGCCUUCCAUAACCAAUCUGCUAUCAAGAAAAUCGUUUGUUUCGCCUCUUUGUACAUUGGUGCCGGUCUCAUGUCUUUGAUUGGUGAAUGGGCUUAGGUUUUGUGUUUUCAUCAUUUAGCUGUAGUACUUUCCUAUUAUUUAUUUAUUUUGUAUCUUGUAUGAUAUAUAUUAUCCAUUCCUUUUUAUAUGAUAGAUAUCAUUUAUUAUUAUUAUUCUACUAUUAUUUAUAUGCUCUAUGCUAAUGACACAAUAAACUUCAGUGUAUUAUAAUACUCUUUUAAUUAGA